AACUCUACCUGCAGCACACCUGGGGAGUUAGUGUGGGACUUUUUCACAUGGAUGUGAGGAUUUAAUGUUAAUAACCCAACGCUGGAUCUCCUACUGGGAAUGGGAAUUUAUGGAGUUAAGGUUUUCUAGGAUAUACUCUGAAGGACGAAUUAUUUCAUAUGGAAAUAUAAAGAAUGCUCAGAAAAGUAUAAAAUGACGGAUGUCGGCUGUUUCGAGCGCCGUUUCAGACGCACAGUGCCGACGUGGGGACAAAGCAGCAAUGGACUCGUCACAGCGCCAAUUCACGCUAGAGUGAACGGAUGGUCCUUACCACUUCAUGUUCUCCAAGGAGUGGCGUGGCUCAUAUACAGCUUCAUGGGUAUUGUAGGCUUUGGAGUUUAUAUCCCUCUCCUGCCUCCUCCAUGGAACUACACUUCAUAUGGAGUGAUCGGUACAGUCUUCGUCCUGCACUUGUUGACUCAUCUGGCGGCGGUGACCAUGGACCCGGCUGACUAUGCUGUGCGUGUGAAGAAGGAUUACUCCAGCCCUAUGCCUGUGUUUGACAGGAAGAAACAACCACACGUCAUACACAAUCAGCACUGCAGCCUGUGUGACGUCGACGUGGGAUCUAAAGUGAAACACUGCAGCAGCUGCAACAAGUGCAUUGCAGAUUUUGACCACCACUGCAAAUGGCUCAACAACUGUGUAGGAAGUAGGAACUACUGGCUAUUUUUUGUGACUGUGCUUUCAGCUGUUUGUGGAACGUUCCUCCUCAUCCUGGUCAUCUUAUUUGUUUUUAUCGAACAUUUUGUGAAUCCUGCGACUCUUCGUACAGCAGCAGCUUUUCAAGCUGUGAAUGAGAGCACGACGUGGUUAGUGUUCCUGCCCGUAGCACCAGUACAGACCAGUUCUGCCAGUCUCCUCGUGUUGGCUGGCAUCACUGUCAUCAUUGCAUUUGCCUCAUUCGUACUGCUGUGCCACUUACUGAUCUUCCAUAUAUACCUGUUAUAUAAAGGCAUGAGCACGUAUGAGUACAUAAUGAAGCAGCGGCACCUACAGAGCUCCAGGCAGCAGGAGCAAAGAGCCACACAGCCGUCCUCCUCGAACCAAGCUGCACCUCAGAACCUUGGACAAUUUGAGAUGCCUCUAGGGUGUGAUGCACCAGUGUCCAGCAAUUCAAGUAUCUUCAAGUACCAAGACAGAGGACAAUCAACUGUCUCACAAAACAUCUGUUCUAAGCAGACGAAACCUCAGUCAGCUGAUGUUGAGAACUGUCCAAACUAUGGCCCGAAAUCAGAAAUGCAAGUGGUACCAGGUGCAGAUCCAGUGAGUUCUAGGGUGAGUAUGAGACAGACGGAGAGACCUUCGACCGAACAAAGUGAAGACCUCGUUGCUCAGAGUCCUCUCGGCACGUCCAUCGCUGACACCACUGAGGUUUAUCAGCAGGAAACACUCUGACCUCUCCCAGGCUGCUGGAGUAUGGACUUAAAACAUGCAUACAGAAUGAACUGUUUCACUGGCUGAGCCUCUGCAGUUUUUUAGAAGCACAGGACGUGAAAACUCAAAAUAAAACUCUGUU